CGUCUGAGGACUUUGCAUGGCUUCCUCUCCCGACCACCGGCCGAUUGUCGGGACCGCAAUGCGCAGCACUUAGCGCUAAUCUUCACACUUACCUAUCCUUCUAUGCACCACCAACUUCGCCGACGGAUGACGAAGUCGCGGUGGGGGACAUCUUGGCGUAUACUACCAAGGUGGCCCGCGAGUUUCGCACGCAGCGGUACGAUGACAACAACGCACCGCUGAUGUAUGUCCGCAUUCAGGUUGGGCAAGCGUCCUGCAGCGCUUUGCUGGAUAGCGGCGCGACUCGCAACUUCAUGAGCCAAUCCUUUAUGCAAAGGGCUGGCCUUGGCGCACACGUUCGGAGGAAGGCAAACCCGACGGCGAUCAAGUUGGCGGACGGUAAGACGCAGCAGCUUCUCGACCGUUGCAUCGAGGCCGUACCGGUCUACUUCGCACCUCAUGCAUGCGAACCGGUCACGUUCGAUAUUCUCGACACGGACUUCGACAUCAUUCUGGGAAUGCCUUGGCUUGCAAGUGYGGAUCACACGGUCAACUUCCAUCGGAGGACUCUUAGCGUUCGCGACGCCUUCGGCGCGAAAGUGGCGUGUACUGUUCCUCUACCGCACUCUUCGAUCCGGUGCCAAGUGGUAACGGCCAAAUCAUUCCCGGCGACUUGUGCCUACGAGCAGCCCGAUGAGAUCGGCCUAUGUUUCCUACAGACCGUCGCGGUAGCCGACUCUUCCCCCACGGACUUGUCUUCGGACCCCCGUGUGGUGCGGUUGCUGGACGAGUUCGCCGAUAUCUUCGAGUCACCUACCGGUGUGGUGCUGGAUCAGCCGAUCUCUCACGAGAUCAUUCUUGAGGCCGGUGCUGUGCCGCCGAAAGGUUGCAUCUAUCGGAYGAGCGAGGAGGAGCUUGAGGUACUCCGCGCACAACUCGAUGAUUUGUUGACCAAAGGCUGGAUCCGCCCGAGCAGCUCCCCAUAUGGAGCACCUGUUCUCUUCGUUAGGAAGAAGAACAAGGAUCUACGAUUGUGUAUCGACUACCGCAAGCUCAACGCGCAAACCAUCAAGAAUGCGGGGCCUCUUCCUCGCAUCGACGAUCUUCUCGAGCGACUGGGCGGCGCGAAGUAUUUUUCCAAGUUGGAUUUGAAAUCGGGAUAUCAUCAAAUCUCGAUCCAGCCGCAUGAUCGCUACAAGACGGCGUUCAAGACACGGUACGGGCAUUUUGAGUGGGUGGUCAUGCCUUUUGGCCUCACCAACGCCCCGGCGACGUUCCAAGCGGCGAUGACCAACGAGUUUCGUGCAAUGUUGGACCGGUUCGUGCUGGUCUACUUAGACGAUAUUCUCGUCUACAGCCGGUCAUUGGAGGAUCAUCUGGGGCACCUUCGACGAGUGUUGGAGACGCUCCGCCGCGCCAAGUACAAGGCCAACCGCGACAAGUGUGAAUUUGCCCGGCAGGAGCUGGAAUACUUGGGCCAUUUUGUCACAGUGGAGGGCAUCAGUCCGCUAUCGGACAAGAUUCAGGCCGUCCAGGAGUGGUCGGAGCCUCAGAACGUCACGGAAGUUCGCUCGUUCCUUGGUCUUACCGGCUACUAUCAGCGCUUCAUCAAAGGCUACUCCAAGAACAAGGCUGAAUUCCGUGGAGGCCAAUCGCCAGCGUCUCCCUUGUCCAUUCCGCGUCGGGGACCUCGUCUGGGUUUCCGCCGCGGAAUUCAGCCUUGAACAAGACAUCUCUCGCAAGCUCCUUCCGAAAUGGAUGGGACCUUGGCCAAUCAUAGAGCCCGCUGGGGACGCACCCGAAGGACCUUCCUUCACGAUUCAGGUGCCUAGCCACUUGCCCGUCUACCCAGUCUUUCAUUGCUCCAAAUUGGCUCUCUACACGCCUGCGGAGC